AGCCAGUGCAAUGGGAGGGCCUGGCACAGGGUGCAAGGGCUGGAGGAGGGUCUGACAGAGGGAGGGAGGCCAGCACUCAGGUCUCACUCUGCAGGAGGUGACACAGGAGCUGCACUAGGAAGCGAUCUCCACUCAUGGCAUAGUCAAGAUUCCUUUGGGAUCAAGUUGAAUCUUCUGAGGAGCCGAACUGCAGCCUGCACUGGGACCUAUGCUGCAGCUGGGGGCAAAGGCAGGACCGAGAGAGAGAGAGAGCCCACUGACCCAGGAUUCUGAUCAGCACCAGGGACAGAACCAGCAGAACACCACCUGAUUCCGACAUCUGAAGGACUGGGAUGGCUGCAGGGAUGAGGCUGGGUCCAGCUGGGCUCUGCCUGCUCCUGGGACUGUGCCUGGCAUGCUCCGGCUUCAAUGUGGACACCCAGUUCCCGGUGAUAAAGCAGGCGGGUGUCCCCGGAGGGUUCUUCGGCUUCUCGGUGGCAUUUCACCGGCAGAGUGAGGGGCAGCAGCGCUACCUACUGCUGUCAGGAGCUCCCCAAGACGCAGCGCCCCCCAACGUGAACGUGAACAGAACAGGAGCCGUCUACGCCUGUCCCAUCACAAUCUCCAAAUCUGACUGUUUCAGAGUCUUAGUGGAUCAGGAAAAUCUGCCUGGCACCAAUGCAAUUGAGGACAUGUGGCUGGGAGUUACACUGUCAUCACAGGGACCUGGAGGCCGCGUCCUGAUGUGUGCCCAUCGGUACUCUGUGGUCUUGAAGUCUGGAGAACAACUGAAGAUGAUAGGAAAGUGCUACGUACGGGGCAAUGACCUGGGAUACAGUGAUAUUGAUGACUGGCAGACCUAUCAUUAUGAGAUGUGUGACGCUAGCAGUGACCACCAGAAUACUGGCAUGUGCCAAAUGGGCAUCAGUGGAGGCAUCACUGAAAACAUGUUGUACUUUGGAGCUCCAGGUGCCUACAACUGGCAAGGUACAGACUAUGUUCUACAGAGAGAUAACUGGGAUUUAAUGGAAACCUCGUUCCCGAAGGAGGGUCUAUCUAACAUCUACUUAGGGUACUCUGUACAGGUUGGCAAGAAUAUAUUAGCGAAAGAUAAACUCACUGUUGUCUCCGGAGCUCCUCGUUGGAACCAUAAGGGUGCGGUGUAUCUGAUGGAAAUGGAGGAGAAAGCCUUAAAACUGAAACAGGUGCUGAGUGGGGACCAGGUGGGGUCCUACUUUGGAAACAUCAUUGCCCUGGCUGAUUUUAACAAUGAUGGUUGGCAAGACAUAGCAGUUGGUGCUCCCUAUUAUUUUGACCAGAGGAAGGAAGUUGGUGGAGCAGUUUACAUUUACACCAAUGAAGUUGGAAGUUUCACUGAUAAGCCAUCUUUAGUGUUGCAAGGUCCUACAGACUCUGGUUUUGGUUUUGCUGUGGCAAACAUUGGUGAUAUUAACCAGGAUGGUUUUGUAGACCUGGCUGUAGGGGCCCCUUUUGAAGGAACGGGCAAACUGUACAUCUACAUCAGCAAUUCUAAUGGUGUUCGAUCCAAACCCAGCCAGAUAAUCGAUGGAUCUCAGGUUGGCGGGAUACAAAUGUUUGGAUAUUCUCUGAAUGGGGGGAUGGAUGUUGAUGAAAAUUCCUACCCAGAUCUGCUUGUGGGCAGUUUAUCUGAUCAAAUGGCACUGCUCAGAUCUCGACCUGUUAUCAAUAUCUCAAAAGAGUUCUCUGUAACACCAACACUUGUGGUCCCCAAUCAAUGUACUUCUUCAACAUGUAUGGAUGUCCGCCUCUGCUUCUCGUACAUGCUAAGUACGGGUGACUCCAGUAACAAACAGAACAUUACUCUCCAGUACACUGUGGAAGCUGACUUUGAUCGGCGCCCUUCUCGAGUGAAAUUCUUAGGCACUGCAGGAGGUGUUUACAAAGGAUUUUUCUCAAUGCCAGAUACAAAAUGCCAAAAUCUAAAGCUUCUGUUACUGGAAAAUUUCCGAGAUAAGCUCCACCCAAUACAAAUUUCACUGAAGUACAACAUUCUGGAGCGUGAGCAGAAAAAUGUCAGGAGGGUUGUUAACCUGGACAACUUCCCUGUCCUUAACCAAGAUCAGAGCACAGAGCAAAUGCUGGAGGUCCACUUUAAGAAAGAGUGUGGAGCAGAUAAUGUGUGUAGGAGCAACUUACAGAUGCAGUAUGACUACCUGAAUGAAAACUUAGAGCCAUUUCCAAGGGUAAAUGGAACUCAGGUUCUCUAUUAUAACUUAAAUGUCAAGAGGUUGCACCUUCGAAUAGUUGUGACCAAUUUCCCUACUGCAACCUCCUCAGCAGACGAUGCACAUGAAGCUAUGUUAAAUGUCACAUUUCCAGGUGAACUUGUCUUCUCCGCAGCGCGACCAGUUGGUUCCUGUGUCUUUGAUGGUACUGUCUUGUGUCAGCUGGGAAACCCCUUCCGGAGGAACCAAAGGGCUGAGAUUGACAUCACAUUUCAAACCACUGGAAUUGUCUUGAAGACCAGAGAGGUGACCACUGCACUCCAGCUGUCCACACUGAGUAAACAGACCGGUCUGGAGGAGGAAUAUGCCGAUUUCUUGGUGGACUACACAUUAAAGACCUCAUUAUCUGUAAUGCCCCAGAGCGUACAGACCUAUUUCAGUGGUCAAGUAAAGGGGGAAUCAGCCAUGAAGAGAGUGCAAGAUGUGGGAAGCCCCGUGGAGUUCGUAUUUAAGGUUAAAAAUGAGGGUGAACCCCUCAACGAUCUGGUAUCCCUGAUCCUAGCUGUGGAGUGGCCCUAUGAAGUCACCAAUGGGAAGUGGCUUUUAUACCUUACAGAGGUGCUGGUGGAGACAACAAACGUGACACAGUGCCAGCCUGCCGAAGACAUCAUUAACCCUUUAAACCUCACUCUCAGUGGAGGUAGAAGAAAGAAGAGAGAUACUGUAAAGUUGGAUUUGCCAGAUGUAAAAGUUUUGCAAGCCGUCAAAAGACCAAAUACUCUACUGAGGUGUGCGGGUGGAGGAGCCAACUGUGUGCGUUUUGAAUGCCCAUUGAAUGACUUGCAAACGACUGCCAAUAUUACUGUGCGUGCAAGAGUCUGGAACAGCACUUUCUUAGAGGAUUAUAGAUAUGCUGACAGAGUUUGGGUGGAAGGAUCAGCAGGACUUUAUCUGAAAACCGAUAUUGACUCCAUAAAAAUGCCAAGCCACCAUGUAUUGUUUGCAGUCACAAUAGACUCAGAACUGGUAGAACCACCUCCGGCUGAACUUCCGCUCUGGGUGAUAAUUGUUGCAGUGCUAUCUGGAAUUUUACUACUAGGACUUAUCAUUCUGCUCCUCUGGAAGGUUGGAUUUUUCCAUCGUGUCAGACAUUACAGCCUGGCCCAAACUCACUAUGCUGUGUGUGUCCGUCAAGAUGAAAGACAGAAGCUGUGCGGCAGGCUACCAGACAGCCAGAGACACUGGGUCACCACCUGGAAAGAAACGGCCAGAUACUACUGAGAGCAUUCUAUUGCCAAGACUCAUCGGGAGCUGGACUAUCUCCUUUUUUGACAUUGGCUUCUUAUUGACAAUGGGGACAUUUGAAAAGGGUUUGGGGGACAGCUGUAGAUUAUUUUAUGAUUGACUUUAUAUAGGAAUUUUAUUAUUUUACUAUGCUGGAAUAGAAAAACACCAAAUUAUCCUGUAGCACUCGAAUGUGGGCAGCGUAUUUCCAUUUGACUUUGGUGCCAUGAAAUAAGGGGAGGAGGGUAUGACCUAACACUGGAAUAAAGAGACAGAGUUUCCUGUAACACUGGAAUUAUGGAGACACUGGAGAAACAUAAAUUAUCCAGCAGAACAUGGGUACGGAGACCUGGACUCAUUCUAUGCUUUUUGUGACUUUGGUUAAAAGACACUGGAAAAACUCCUUUAGAAAUACAUUUUUAUUGUAUAUCAGAGCAUGAACGUCCAGAUCUGGAGGAAGCACUGGAAACAUUUGGAUGACACUGGAUGAACUAAUUCCCUUACAGAGAUGACUCCUCAUAUGUAUUGCACAUAAUAAGCCUGUAUUUUAUACAGUGAGCCAUAUUUACGAGUAUAGAUAUGGUGGACAUAUAUGGACUAUAUGUAACUCGGACAGUUCCAAUGAAUGAAAAAUGCUUCCUAUUUCAGAAAACACAAUGCUCUAUAUUGUACAGCAUGGUUGAUGUGGUAUAUGGAGAUAUCAUACUCUUCCAGUCUUUUCAUGAUGUUCAUUCCACCCUAAGAUGUUAUCAACAAUAUAAAAUCAUGAAAUAAAUUCCUGGAUCUGUAAACCUUC